AUGAUCUCAUCAAGAAGCUGCAGGCUGAGACAACCUCUCAGGAGAUUCAGUUUUUCAGGACGCAAUGAAGACCUUUUGGGAGCAGAUUCAGGGUUUUGGGGAAAAAUUAGAGUCUUCAAGGAGGAAGAAAAGGCUAUUCGGGAGGACACAGAAGCCUUCUGGAGGAUGUAUCAUGACUUCUGGAAGGACCAUAAUGCUUUCUGGAAGAGAGAUAAGAAAGAUCAGCUCCUCUGGGAGAAAGACAGGGUUCUGGAUGAGAGCAAUGUUCUAUGGGAAGAAGAAUCUCUGUGGGCAGAUGAAACAGCUCUCCUGGAGAAGCAGGCCCUUCAUGAAAAUUAA